GAAUGCUUUGGUUCUUGGAGGAGACUCAGGACAAAUUGAAAUAUAUGCCUAUGGGAUGUACAAAAUUGCAACAAUUCCAGAGGUAAUACAGGUUUAUGGGUCCUGCCUGGGACUUUGCCUGCCUAGUGAUCUCAAGUCUCUCUCUGUGUCACUGAGCUGACAACAAAUAGUAUGCCUGAAAUGACGUAUUUUCAGAGUUAUUAACAGUGGCAUGAAAAACUUCAAGGCUUUCUUUAGAUGGCUGUAUGUGGCCAUGCUCCGAAUGUCAGAGGGCCACGUACUUCCCGAACUAAACAAGAUGACUCAGAAAGAUAUAACAUUUGUGGCUGAUUUCCUAACGGAGCAUUUUAAUGAAUAUUUGAAGGAUGAAGAUGAUAUCCUAAUGUGGCCGCCCAACACUGAAGGGAAUCAGUGGUUUAGCUUCCUUCAGAGCAGCACACACCUCAAAGAGAGCCCACUGCUGUUCCCUACUACCCCGAAAAGUCUUUGCACUGUGAAAAGGCAAAUGGAAGCUGUCAUUGACCACUGUUUGACUAAACCAGCACUGGAACGACAAGUCCCAGAAUCUUCACUACGUGAUAUUCCGCAUGCUGGAGAGCUCGUCCUCUAAAGUGUUCCUACUUGGGCAGCCAACUGAUCUGUCACAGUGAGAGAUGUACUGGGAGCCAUAGCUACACACUGAUCUGUAGGUACUAUGUAAUGUCACUGGCCAUAGAGCUCUGUAACUUGCUAAUGUGAUGCACAGAGCAGUGGUAGUGUGCUGCAUCAGGAAAACAAAGUAGCUAUGCAGUUCUUUGUACAGAAUCCACUGAUGUGGAAAGUACUUUGUAAUGCAGUGAACUCCAUCUACAGGGGAACAUUGCACAUAAGGAUCUAUCCAUAUAUCGUGUUACGUGGAUAUCUCUCCAGGCUGAAAUACAGACCAUGAAUGCCAAUUUGAUGUGCAAGACUGAUUACCUUUACUGUUUCCAGGUCCAGAAAUGAUGCACUUU